AUGCCGUGCACGCAGGAUUCCGACGUGGAUAUUGAGGUGGAGGAAGGUGCUGGCGAUGCGGAGUAUCUAUCCCUCUUGUCCGAACACCUUCCAAGUCUAGUGGACCAGGUCCGACCAGACCUAAUCUUUUACCAGAUCCGAUCAGACGCAGUCGUUUACCAGGGAGGCGUCGACCCCCUGGAGCACGACCGGCUGGGGAGGUUAAGCCUCACGAGGGACGGGCUGCGUCUCCGAAAUCGGCUGGUGUACGACACGGCCCUUGCGAGGGGCAUCCCUACCGUACUCACGAUGGGUGGGGGUUACCCGAAGGACCUAAACCCGGCGUCGGAAGACUUUGGACACAUCGUGCGGAGCCACCGGGACGUGUACGAGGACGCCGCGGCUUGUAUAGAGGCAUCGGCUUUCGAAGGGUAGAGGUUCGUUGAGCGGCGGCAAGCAGUGGUGUCAUGGGUUUCCAGAUCAAAUCCGGCGUGCAGAUUGGCGUCGGCUUUGUAGAGGGGGGUCUCUAGGUGGCGGCAAGGCGAGUGGUGUGAUGGGUGUCCAGAGCAAAUCUGGUGUGGAAAAAGGCGUCAGCUUUAGUACAGAGGGUACGCUUUCAGAGGUGGCAGGCAGUGGUGUGAUGGGUUUCCGGCGAAGUUCUGGCGGCGACGCGGCGCACGGGGAAAGUCCCGUAGACGGAAGUCGAAGAUUUUGUCAAGUGCUGUUUAGAUGUAGG